UUAUUUUCCAAAAGACGAGUCUCGAGACAGAAGGAGAGAAAAUCAUGGAGCCGGAGGGGACCACAGAGGGACAAGCCACUAAUUUGGCACAAUCUGCCGCCUCCAAACUGUCCCAGAUGAGCGAAAGAACUAAACAACUGGGCAAUGUAAUCCAAGACCCAGAGCGACAGAAACGGAUUAUUAUGGUAAUAGUCUGUGUUGCACUUUUAUUAGACAACAUGCUUUACAUGGUGAUUGUGCCAAUCAUACCCGAUUACCUUGUAGAACUACAGAGAGCAGCGGAUACUGCCCAAGCUGCUUUACCGCACCCCAACUCCACAAACAGCACCAUCCACAAAGUUACCGAGAGAAACUUUGACCUACAGAUUGGUGUUCUUUUUGCCUCCAAGGCCAUCCUGCAGCUCCUCGUGAACCCGCUGAGUGGUACCUUUAUAGACAGGGUAGGAUAUGAUCUUCCACUCUUCAUCGGCCUCAAUAUCAUGUUUCUCUCCACUCUCAUUUUUGCCUUCGCGGAAAACUACGCGACUCUGUUCCUGGCGCGCAGCAUGCAGGGCCUCGGCUCGGCUUUCGCGGACACCGCUGGAAUCGCCCUGAUCGCAGCCAGGCACACAGAGGAGCAGGAGAGGAGCAAAGCGCUGGGUAUUGCCUUGGCUUUCAUCUCUUUUGGAAGUCUUGUUGCCCCCCCGUUUGGAGGGGUCCUUUACGAGUUUGCAGGGAAGCGCGUGCCCUUCCUGAUCCUGGCCUGUAUCUGCCUCAUUGAUGGUAUUUUCUGUCUGACUGUACUGAAACCUUUCUCGAACAAAGAGAGAGAAAACAUGCCGGUGGGCACCCCCAUCUAUAAACUGAUGAUUGAUCCUUACAUAGCCGUAGUGGCUGGUGCUUUGAUCAUCUGUAACAUCCCUCUCGCCUUCCUUGAGCCAACUAUCGCCAACUGGAUGGAGGACACCAUGCAUUCCUCCCAGUGGGAGAUCGGCAUGACAUGGUUCCCUGCCUUCUUCCCACAUGUCUUAGGUGUGUACCUGACUGUCAAAUUAGCAGCCAAGUACCCUCAUCUACAGUGGUUUUACGGGGCCAUAGGUAUGGUGUUCAUCGGCGCGAGCUCCUGCACAGUGCCAGCUUGUAAAAACUUUGGACAGCUCAUGAUCCCGCUGUGCGGAAUCUGUUUUGGCAUCGCCUUCGUGGACACUGCGCUCCUGCCCACACUGGGCUUUCUGGUGGAUGUUCGCCAUGUGUCGGUGUAUGGCAGCGUGUAUGCCAUCGCAGACAUCUCUUACUGCGUGGCCUAUGCCCUGGGGCCCGUGGCUGCUGGACAGAUAGUGCACAAUCUGGGCUUUGUGCAACUCAACUUAGGCAUGGGCCUCGCCAAUGUACUUUACGCACCGGCGCUCCUGCUGCUGAAAAACGUGACACAGAUGAAACCUUCAUUCUCCGAGCGUAACAUGCUCCUGGAGGAUGGACCAACGGGACUGUAUGAUACGAUUAAGAUGGAGCAGCGAGAGAAAAAGAGGAAGGGUUUGUGUACAACAAUCGAUGAGAAUGGUAUUGAAACCUUUGCGCAGCGGUCGUAUUCAGAGGAGGAAUCCUCAGGGGGAGAGUAUGCGUAAAAGACCUUUAACUUGUAAAACUGUCAAAGUGCCAAUGUAGAGUU